UCACACGUCUGUUUUUGGCUCAUUUUUUGAAAGGACAAAAUUCGACGAAUUUCUUAUUUCAGCGACAGUAUCGACGAUAAUGAGCCAGCUGAAGAGGCCAUUAGCAACACUAAAUGGUACAGGUAGUAGGCUGCCACGAUUACCAGUACCAAAAAGCUCCUCUCUGAGGAUGCCUGUGCCAUUGAAGAGAACGAGGAGUCCAGACGAGUUGCCAUCAGAAAAAAGGAUAUGUCUGGAAAACCGAUCCUCAACAGGUUCAAAUUCAAGUUCCUGCAGUGUUUCCAGUGUAAGCUCACAAAAAUCGGGAUCAAAUCUUCGAUCCCAAACAUCUGGAUCAAGUCUCCGUUCACAAACAUCGGGAUCAAAUUUACGAGCAAACAAAUAUGUUUUGAAUAAACCUAAAGCUGUGCCAGUGAAACCUCAACCCGCAACCAGGGCUGCUCCUUCCAGGACUGGACUGACAAGGUCUAAUUCUGUUGUAGUAAAGUCAGCAAUCAAACCUGUUGUUACAAGAACUACAAUGGUUUCCCGAGGAGGUCCACCUGCCUCAACCAGAAACAGGACAACAGGAUCUUCUGGUCAGCAAGCACAAAAGGCUCCAGAAAGUAGUGUUGGUGGUGGUGGAGGGAAGAAGCGUCAAGCAUGGGACUUAAAAGGGCGCUUACAGGACAUGGAGUUAAUCCUCAGAGAGCAGAAAAGCUCCAGUUCUGAUCUGAUGAUGCAACUCCAGAGCAACAAUAACCGCAUCUUCUCCUUGGAGAACCAGAACAGCCACCUUUCUGGUACAGUGGCCCAAAAGGAACAGGUUGCCACGGCUGCCUCUGAGGAGAUUUCAUUCCUAAAGAAACAGAUCAGGGAAGAGGAAGAAAAGUUUGAUGGUAUAAGAAGAAAACUGCAGGGAGAAAUCAGUGAUCUGACUUUCUUGAAAGAAACACUAGACCGUCAAAAGCAACAGUUAGAUGGUGAAGUCACUGCUGCUAAUGCCGAGAUCAAUGGCCUCAAGACGACUGUAGCUCAGAUGACUUCUGCUCAAGCUGGCAUGUCUGCUGAGUUAGAGGCAACAAAGGUUUCACUGGAGGCUGCCAUGAGAGAAGGCAGACAGAAGGAUGAGGAGAUACGCAGACUAAAAGGAGUUGUCAGGUCACAAGAGGAGACCAUUGAGGAUUUCAAUGCUAAGUUCAGGGAACAUGAGACAGCACGGCGUAAACUCCACAACACCAUACAGGAGCUGAAGGGUAACAUUCGUGUCUUCUGUCGUGUGCGCCCUCUUCUGGGGGACGAAUGUUUGGGUAACAAUGGAGACGUCCAGCACAUGAACUUCCCUGACGUGGACCAAAAGGUCCUGGAGCUGGAGAAAAUCGGAGACAUGGCCAUGAACGAGAGUUGUCUGGCAGCAAGUCGACGAGGGAACAAAUUUGAGUUUUCGUUUGACAGAGUUUUUCAACCAUCUUCUUCACAAGCUGAGGUGUUUGAAGAGAUUUCACAAUUAAUACAGAGUGCCCUAGAUGGAUACAACGUAUGUAUAUUUGCCUAUGGACAAACAGGUUCCGGAAAAACCUAUACCAUGGAGGGAGGAUCAGUUAAUGAUCCAGAAAGUCAGGGGAUGAUCCCUAGGGCUGUUGUUCAGAUCUUCGAGAGCAUUAAGGAGAUGGAGGCAAAAGGAUGGAAGUACAAUAUGGAGGCGUCUUUCCUGGAAAUUUACAAUGAAACAAUCCGAGACCUGCUAGGGAAUGGCAAAGAUGAGCUCAAACAUGAGAUCAAGCUGACAGGAAUGGGCAGUAAUGAUGUCAUUGUGACUAACCUUACCCUUGUCACAGUGGAAACAGACACACAGAUCACCUCUUUGCUGAAGAAAGCCUCACACAACAGAGCUGUUGCAGAGACCAAGUGUAAUGAACACUCGUCCCGGAGUCACAGUGUGUUACGACUCAAACUGACCGGAGAAAACUCACUCAGUGGAGAGGCUUGUGUUGGAACUCUAAAUUUAGUUGACCUGGCAGGGAGUGAAAGACUGAAGGAAUCGGGGUCAGAAGGUCAGCGACUGAAGGAGACUCUCAGUAUCAACAAAAGCUUGAGUACUCUAGGAAAUGUCAUCAUGGCCCUCGGUAACAAGGAUAACCAUAUUCCCUACAGGAACUCCAAGCUGACGUAUCUUCUUCAGAACUCACUGGGUGGUAACAGCAAAACCCUUAUGUUUGUCAACGCCUCCCCCAAGGAGGAAUGCUUUCAGGAAACACUCAACUCCUUACGUUUUGCAACCAAGGUGAACCAGUGCAAUAUUGGUACUGCCCAAAAGAAAUCAAAAUGAAAAGAUGGGGAAGACACAAGGAACGUUGUUAGGUAUGAGAGGAGAGUGGAAGAGUAUGAGAGGAACGUUGUUAGGUAUGAGAGGAGAGUGGAAGAGUAUGAGAGCUAGAGUGCUGUAGUUUUAUCUUUGUCAAUGAUAUUACACUUGUAUCUGUAUAAUUGUUGAAGAGUACAUAUAAAUAUGAAUACGUUUUUUUAUGUCUUGUUCGCUUUGUCAGAUCUUUUUAACAAAUUUUUAUAUGAUAAAGAUUAGUUCUGAUACCAAGCUAGUUUCAACUUCUAUAUUAAUAUUUUUAUAUAGGUGAUUUCAACAUGAAGUAGGAUUAUUUUUGGAAUUCUCCCAUCUGCUGAAAUAGUAUUCCUACGCUGACAAAAUAAUAUUAGCUGAAAUUUUCAUGUCAACAAUUCUUAGUUUGUAAAUAGAGAAAUAUUUGUAAUUUAUUUGGAUUACUUUUCUAUUAAUACAUAAUCAUCAUGAAGAGUAAGACUCCACUGUGUUACCAUUAUGAACACUUGGUCCAUUAACUUCCCUGAAUCUCAACGUGAUGAGGAGCCACCCACAGACUUGUAUAUCACUGCCCCCAUUGUCUAUACAAUACAAUAUGCAUUCUUCUUCCCUCACUCUACCAGAAUUUUAUGAAGGUGGGGUAAAAAGUUCAUUUUAUUUCCUGUUUUAAUAUGUCUGAUGAUUUUAAUUAUAGUCAAUUACAAGAGGAAAUGAAUAAAUUAUAAAUGGUAUCUAGGUCUCGAGAAGAAGUGAAUUCUACUAUAUCAAUAUUUUAUAUCAAAGUUCAGGGCCAAAUAGUUUUGUAGCUCACUGAUUAUUUAAAGUAUGUUUAUAAGGAUUAUCAGGUCAAUUUUCUUUUUAUGAGGAGGGGGCUUAUGACGUGUCAAAUUUACUAUUUACUGUGUCUACUGACAUAGACAACUGGUAUGCACAAGUUUUUAGUUGUUUUAACCAGUUUAAAAAAGAGAAAUAAUCAGAGCAUAGUUAAACAUGUGUUUUUUAGCUCACCUGUCCGGAUUGGCUGUAUUGGUAUUGAAAUUAGUUGCUGUCCUUUGUCCCAAACAUUCUCUUUAAAUGACUUCUCAUGAACCACUUCAUGCAAGAUCAACCACAUCUUUAUUUCAGAAAAUGCACUGGCCCCAUUUGAGGCAAACAAGCGGUAAAAUUUGUUGCAUCUCAAAAAUCUUACCAACCCCGUAGUUUUAUUUUGCUAUUCAUCAUGCAGUAACCUUAGUAUAUGUUCAACAAAGUUCGCAAAGGAAAGUAAACCAGACACUAGGAAGCACUUUGCAACACAUUGUUUAAUACUUGAGUGUUAAAAACUUAAAUGCUCAUACAUCUUGGCCCUGAAAGAAUGUAUUGUUGCCCAAUAGAAUAUAAGAAAAGUUAUUUGGGCAGAAAUUUGCAAAGAGCUUGCUAUAAAAGUUGUGAACAUAAUCUACUUUCAAGGUCAAAGACGGACCCCUUAAAUCAGUUGAGUGUGUUCAAGCCCCUCGGGCCUCUUGUAUUUUUAUAAUGACAGUGAAUUGGCUUUUUCUUGAUGACCUAGUGUAAGUGGUUCAUGUGCCUACUGUGUGUUUGAUGAAUGGGAGAUGUGUUAUUAAUAUAUCACUUUGUAUAACAUUUCAUAGUCGAUUAUCAUAACUUGCGAUCUUUUUUUCUUGUUGAGUUAAAAUCAGAAAGGCAGCUUUUGUAAUAUGCAUAAGAUGUUCAUAAUGAAUAUGUGCCGAUGUCUUGGAGAGUAAUUGAAAAGUUUGAAUUGUAGCGAUAUAUCUCUGGCUGCCCUCUCUGUAUGGAGGGAAUUGAUUGUUACACCUUUGCAAAUACAUCAUUUUAUCAUGUGAUUUUCUGUUAUAUUCAAGAAAAGAGAGAGAGUUGUUUCUAUUUAGAUCAGGGAUGCAUUGCUUCUAUAGGUGAUAGGAAUUUUCUGUACAUGUUGCAUUGCCUUUGUAUUUAUAUCAAUAGUCAACUUUGAAAUACUGGUACAAUAUCUAUGUGUAUUUAGCUGAUCAUUGAGAAAGGAUCAUUCAUUGUAUCCAUGCUAGCAUUGCUACUUACCUAUUGUAAGGUGAAGGACUAGACUCUUUGUCCUUUGUUCUUUAAUUGUUCUUUCUUUCUUUCUCUCAUUCACUACACUUUUUCUGUCAGAAGUCUAUUUUGUUUCUGUCUUUGCUUUCUCUCCUUUUGUGUCACAUUUUCUUUCUUAACAAUAUUUUAAGAUAUGUAUGUUUGUAUGGGAUAAUAAUAUGAAACACAAUUUGUCCUUUUAAUUAAACUAGGUAUAGAAGAAAUAAGGCCUGAGGAAUUGCUUGAUAAGAAUAUCUUCAGCAAGGUUUACCUAGUAAUACAUGUAAUCUUACAUCAUGUGAUUCCAAUCAUCUGAUAUAGCUUUUACACAAUUAAUGCUUUUAAUACUUUGAUAGAAAAUGAAUGAUUUUUUGCCUGAAUGUAAAGAGAUGUUUUGAGAUAUAUAGAUAGAUUAUAGAAAUUGAAAUAUUUGAGAAUAUUGUAAGAUCCCUGCUAGGAACAUUCAGGCAAGUUUAGUGUGAUUAAGUAACAUGCUACAAUAACAUCCUAAAUAAAGCAGGAUUAUAUGGCAAUAUAUCCCAUUUAUAGAAUACAGUAUGCCACACAAAAAGUUAUUAAUAAAAAAUGUUUUUAGAGGAGGGGGGGGGGGGGAAUUAAUUUGGAAUGUUGUGUCCGAAUCGAUUACUAAAGAAUGUUGAAUGUAUUCAAUGUAAGUAUCAGUUUAACCCACAACAAGUUUUUGUUUAGCAAAAUAUCAGUUUGCUGGCUUGCUAUAGCACUGUGAAACAAAAGAGAUAAUUUGGAUGGAAAAUCCUGUCACCAACUAGUAAAAUUAAGUACACCUUAUGUACAAGUAAAAAAUGGACAAAGGGAAGUUCUAAAUACUAUCAAAUUCCAUGAAACAGAUUGUUUUCUUAGGUAACUUGAUGUGUCAAGCAAGCUAUAGUAUUAUUAAGAAUUGUGAAAAUCAGUUGGGUGGGACAGAGUAUCUGUAUUUUACUUUGUAUCUUGCAAGAUGUUGCCUUUAUCAUAUAGUUGAUCCAUUUAAUUCUUGGAUCAAUAAAAAAAAAAGCUAUGGCACAUUUCAAUAACUUUUUUGGUUGUUUUUAUUAAAAUUUGGAGAUCAUCAGUAAUAUUGAUCUUUCCACUGUUAAUUUGAGUAUCAUUUAUCACAUGUACAUCAGCAUGUUUAUGUAUAUAUAUCAGACUUGUGUAUGUUUUAAGGAUAACUAUGCUGCAAUUUUAGGAAUAAAUUCAUUUAUCAGUAAAA